CACACACAAUGAGGAACUUCCCUUCACACACUGUUUUACUCCUCUGCAGCCUCAGUUGGAUCUUCACCUCGGUUUCUGAGUCUGUUACGGUGGAGGUCCGGCCUGAUGGAGAUGCUACACUGCUGUGCUCAAACUACACCAGUUCUACUCAGAUAUUGUGGUUCAGAGUGGUCAAGAGAUCGGAACCUCACAGAAUUUCCUCAAUAUUUGACCCUUCUAAGGUGGACUCAUUUCAGAAUGGCAAAUUUGAAGUGACGUCCAACAUCUCUCACAUCUUCCUCAAAAUCAAGCAAGUGAAUGUAUCUGACUCUGGGCUGUAUUUCUGUGGACAUUACAUACAACAAUCCCCUGUUAUUGUCCAUCCAACAUAUUUAGAUGUUAAAGGAGUGUUCGAUAUCGUACCAGUGCUAAAUGUGAUCCUGGAUGGUCUGACUGUGUUCUUCUUUAUGGUCAUCAUUGUUCUGGUUCUCAAGAUGUACAAGUCUCACAAAGGUCACCGUGAAGAACACAUUCAACAAUCAAUCGAGAGCCGACAAACAGAUGACCUAAACUACGCAGCGGUGACUUUUCAUCGAGAAAACAACCAAAAGCCUUCAUCUGAGAGCGAAGCACAGAACAAUACUAUUUACUCCGCCCCUGUCAGAAGGACUCAGGAAACAUCUGAACCUGCAGCUCCAUGUGGAGCUGAUGCUUUGUAAAUACACUUCUGUCUUCUUCUGUGGUUGUACUUUCACUUCAUGCCAUGAUAAAUCUGACUUUGUAAAGAGGUUCAUUAAAAAAAUACAAAGCUUUGAUUCUUGCCUUUAAACGUCUUUGCGUGCGCAUUAGGAGAAGACAGUAUGGA